UACAGAGGUUAAAGGACUUGGCAUGUUCUCCGUGUUAAUGCCUGUGCUGACUCUAGUCUCCUCCCACACACCAAAAACAUGUAUGCUUUGCAGGGGCGUGUCCAGGGAGUGGCCUGGGGUAGCACAUGCCACCCUUAGAAUCUGAUUGGCCACUCCAGGUGCCACCACACUAAUUUACCUUUAAAUAGGCUUUUCAUUGUCCACAAAAGGCUUGGGGGUAAAACAAAAGAAGCAUAACCAUUGGUGCCACCCAUGCACAAAAUUGUGCCUCACCUGGGCCACCCCAUUUUAAAAGAUCUGGACACGCCACUGAUGCUUUGUAAAUUGUAAUCUGGGGGAAAAGGCUCUGGUGCAUCAGUUUCAGGAACUAGAGGUGAGCCACAUCAGAGGCCCUGUCCCAAUACUCGCACUUGGUCCUCAGUCAAGUGCACUUGGAGGAAGUGUGCAGUGAGGCUUUGAGUGUGUAGUACACACACGUGCAAAUAAACCGCGUCACCAACUGCACCACACGCCAGGAUGCUGGUCGCUGUUUGUGCCACUUUUGAAAAAAUCUUACUCCACAAAUAACACAAAUCUGGAGGAGUUCUGCUGUGUGGUGGAGUUGAUGAUGCUAACGGUUAGCUUCUAGUAGCAGAGACGCUUUCUACGAAUGUUAUCUGUGCUGAGGUUGGGAGGUGAGCAAGACUUAUUUGUAACAAUUAGAAUAGAAAAGAAAAGACUUCAUUAAUCGAGAAGGGGAAAUCCACUCUUUAGAGAAAAGGGGGAAUGAGUUGGGGUUGGAGGUCCUGGCUGGGCACAGGCAAGGAGGUCCUCAAGAAGAAAGUUUGGGAACCACUGCUCCGUCUGUGGCGUGUCCCUUUAAAAACAAACCAACGUGACGUGACGUGCGCUUCCGUUCAAAUACCCUUGUGCUUCUCCUCUCACGGUCUCCAUCCCAUCCAGCUCACCUCCUGCACCCCCCGGACCAGCCCCUCCCUCCUGCCCUGUCUCCUCCCCGGGCGUGUGAGCCGAGAUCACCGCUCCGCCGGCCGGAGCUCCUGGAGAAGAUCCGCAGAAAAACCGGAGACGAUGUGAGCGCGAACGGAGCCGAAAAGCGUGGCAGAUAUCAAGGGGCACCAGGCUUCGAUGCUCUGAGCUGAAGGUCUCAGCGAGAGCGUAAGGACGGACGAAACAUCAAGGCUGCCUGGCUCCAUGUCUGCUCCUGCCAGUCGGAGGUCUACAUCAGGCUCCUGCCGAUUCAACCCGCUGAAGGCGCUGCAGCCCAAACGCCGCUUGCAGCAAAUACUGGCGUCUUCGCCCACGCCGGCGCCCAAGCCGGCACCGAGGACGGUGUCGGGCACAGGGGCGCCUGCGGCCUCGGUGCCAGUGGCUGUUCCAGUGCCUGCCCCACCUGCGUUUGACUACUGCAGGUUCAUAGAGGUAGAUUAUGUCCCCAUGGAGACAGGCUACAUGGUCUCAAUGCGUCCGACUAAGAGCUACGCAUCGACCAAGUCUCCAACCAAAGGAUACGCCUCCACGAGGUCUCCGGAUCGCCACGUCCGCUCAGCCAACUCUCCCUCCACCCCUCGUUCCCGGCGGACGCCGGCUGCCCCCAGUAGCAGAGACCCUUACAACAACACCUCCGUCAGCAGCGGCAGCAACUCAGGAUCCUGUAAAGGAAGUGAAUGCAGCCCCACCAAAGGACGUCAGAAGAGCGCGUCGUGUACAGACAACCAUGGAAUUCGCCCACCGCCACCAGAGCAGUACCUCACACCCCUCCAGCAGAAGGAGGUGUGCAUCCGACACCUGCGAGCCAAACUCAAAGAGACCAUCAACACACUGCAAGACAGGGACACAGAGAUUGACGAGCUGCGAACUCAACUCUACCGCAUGCAGGAGGACUGGGUUGAGGAGGAGUGUCACCGUGUGGAGGCUCAGUUGGCCCUGAAGGAGGCCCGUCGGGAGAUCCAGCAGCUGAAACAGGCGGUGGACACUGUUCGCACCAGACUUAGUGAUGCCGGCGGGAUGAGCGGGGACGUGGGGGUCCAGAAGUACUUCCAGGACAUCAACACUCAGAAUCACAAGCUGGAAAAUCUUUUGCUCAACAUGGAGUUGGCCCAGGCUGGUUUAGCCAAGGAGGGGGAAGCCAUACCAGGCUGUAGGACUCGUGUUGGGGGGUCAGCACCAGCGUCUGUUUCAGGCGAAAGUCCUGGAGUGGUGCCCAAGCUCACAGUGGGUGGGAGGGGCUCCUGCUCUUGCGAUGGCUCUCCAGCCCGCUCUCUAACUCGGAGCUCCACCUACACUAAGCUGAGCGAGCAGGCGUUGGCGGACAGGAACGAAAACGGGACGGACUUCCCUUGCCUGUCAGGCGCCGGCACGCAGGACAGUGGCUUUGUCUGCUGCGGGGAGAACAGCGUUCCCAGCCGAGCCGACCUGCUGCUGGAGGCUGCUUACCUCUCUGAGGAAACCGCAUCGUUACUCAACUCCUACACACAGACCUUCGCCCACUCUUUACCACAGUCCCUUCCCCCCUCCCUGCCUCACACCUUCUCCCAUACCUUACCUCAUUCCUUUCCUCACAACACGUCCCACUCAGUGCCACAGGCGAUGCCACACUCCUCCACCUACGAGCAGCUCUGCACAGGUGAGCGGCUGGCACCUUUUCGCUGCAGCUUGAGCGGCGUGAGCUGCACGAGUCACCCCUGCCUGUCCUACCACCACCUGUACCUGCACCCCCUGAGGGAGGCAGGCAUUCAGACCGAGAGCUGCCCCAUCCCUGCAACGGCAGCAUAUCCCUCUGAUCUGGAUACUAUCGCAGAGCAACGCACUUUUCGUUCCCAGGCCUGCAGCCCCACCUCCACCUGGAUGUCUGAUGAAGGGGAGGAGGAUCUGGACUCCAUUACCACCACCACGUCAGUGACUACGGCAACGGUCUUGAGUACAGCCACGGAGCCAAUUCCAAAGUGUAAAAACCCCCUGCUUCCUCCUUUACCCCGCUCUGCCACUGUGGCGUUCUCCCCGGAGAGUCCUCUUUGCGUGGGAAGCGAUAAGGUAGAGGAAGAGGAAAAGCAGGAGAAGGAGAGAAAAGAAAAGGAAGAUAUUUCUGAUGAGGUGCGGGUGGAAACAGCUGCGAUCAGAAAAGAGGAAAAAGAAGAGCAGACAGAGCAAGAUUCAGUCGGAAGGAUGGAGGGGGAAGUCAUGGGUUCUGGGGAGGAGGAAACCCAAGGAAACCACGGUGAUUUAGAUGAAACGUCCACAAGAACACAGCCUGACCUCACGUUUAGAGCCUGCUGUGGAGAUGGCAGGCAGAAUGAAACAACACUUAGAAAUCAGAGAGAAGAGCAUGAGCAGCAAGCGGUUGGUAGACCAGCAAGGUCAAGCCAGGUAGAGACGGCGGAGCUGUGUCCAGGACCGUCUCCAGACAUGCAGGAGCCUCACACAUCCCAGCCACCAAGGAGAUCCACCCCCCGUGAGGAGAUGGCUGGCGUAACUGUGGUGAAAGUGAACGAUGAGGAUGACAAUGAAGAUAAAACCAACGAACAAGGCGCUUCAUCAGAAGACGGAGACUCAUCCAGCUCUGGGAGAAUUCAGAAAAGCUACUGGAGUCGCCACUUCCUGGUUGAUCUGUUAGCAGUGGCCAUCCCGGUGGUGCCAACCGUGGCGUGGCUCUGCCGGGGUCCAGUCCGGGAUGGACAGCCCAUGUAUCACAUCGGGUCGCUGCUAAGAGGCUGCUGCACUGUGGCGCUGCACUCGCUUCGCAGGGGAGGCGGUUUGAGGCAUUACCCCGCAGGCGGGGGAGACCUCGGGGGAUCCCAGAUAUAACAGCUCUGCACAGCUGGGAAAAGGCUCCGACUUUUGGGAAGCAUGGCUCAAGAACAUCCUGUCUUGCUGCUUUGGAGACUAAAAUGAGCCUUUAAGAGGAAGAGCUUUAGCUUCAUCGUCAUUCACAAAAGGGUCCUCGCGCCCGCUACCUAAAUAUUCGUCCACUGGCUCGUGGAAACUGAAAGAUCAAUGCUUGGAUGACUAACGCUGAUCGUUUCUUCCGUUUUUCAGUGCAGGGAAAAGGCUCAUUAAUCUGUCAGCCAUAAAUUAUGACGUUAAAAUGUUUGCCAGUGAAUGUGUACGUAGACACUAUGUGUGUACGUGUGGCUUUAGAGCACCCCGCUUUUGGCCAGCGGCAGUGGCCAACCCACUCUAAUCCAAAAUUCAGAUGCUUUUCACGGAUCACACUGAUCUCAGGUCUGUUCUAAGGGUAGAAAUGCAGCCAACCGUCAGAUCGGACGCGUUGUCUUCGGCUCUCAGAGCAGAAGGAAGAAAAACCCAACGGCUGUGUUCCAUUUGGAUCAGAGGUUGGACCUUGGAUCUGGGGAUGAAGUUGGAGUUGCAGGUUAGAAAACCAGAAGGCGUUGCUAACUGGUAUGCUAAGUAACCAAGCUAACUUUUGUUAGCAAAGAAUAUACAUAACAAUGCGUUUCUCAAACACAACAGCAACAUGUCUCCUAGGGUUACUCUGUCUGUGUGUGUGUGUGUGUGUGUGUGUGUGUGUGUGUGUGUGUGUGUGUGUGUGUGUGUGUGUGUGUGUGUGUGUGUGUGUGUGUGUGCGUGUGCGUGUGCGUGUGUGUGCAGCCAGUGACUGAACGUGCCGUUGAGGUUUGGUUGUGUUUCUACCCUGUUAGCGUUUCAGUUUGAAACUUUUGCUUUCAUCUUUUUUUCCUUUUCAUGCUCAACGUUUGGGUUUUGCAGCUAAAUGUCAGAUUUAUUUUUAUUUUUACCAAUAAUAAAAAUCGGUUUUAGUGUUGUUAGGAAAUCAAACACCCAUUUUGUCUUUGUCCACUUGCUACAAAUGUACUGUCAGCUAAGCUCAUAUUUAUUUAUUUUUAUCCAAAGUGUAAUUAUAUUUUAGAUUUUAUUUAUGAACAGAAAAAAUAUCUAUUUUUGUGCCUAUUUUCUUUCUAAUCUGUACAAUUUAUCUCUGAUUUACCAAAUGCUUCUGGGUAGUUAGCUCAUAGGAAGUAAAACGUUAGAAACUUGCACAUCAGAAUUAAGAAAUUAGUACUUUCUAUAAACGAUCACAUAGUUAAUUCAUCUGAAGUUUGCAUUUAGAUCAAUUUAACAUUAAAGCAACACAAUUAGCUAAAUAAAUCAUACCAAGAAGUCUGUUUGUAUAUUCUCACUAGCUCAGUUUGACACCUUAACGUAGAUCUGAAUGAGGUGAGUUGUGCUCAGUCUGUGCUGUAUAUUGCUGCUAAGCCUAUGCUCUUGUGCUGUAGCUAGUCUUUAACUGUUACUCUGGUCAACGUGUAUUUAAAGUCCACCGUACGAGAUUUACUCUGUCACAAAACAGCCGUGUUUGUGUCUUUACCACGUCAUUCUGCAGGAUAUUUCUUGGACUUCAGUGCAAUUUUAAAGGACAUUGCACAUGGAUGUUUUGGGUUGCAGUUCCAGUUAAACUGUAAUAUUUUUGGAUACCUGUAUGUGUGGACUCGGAUCAAAGCGUCUUUCAUUCUGUUUGCUAAACUUGUGCAUCAAACAGGGAAUCGGAGGGAUUUCUCAGCUACAGCACUGAAACUGAACCAAUAAAACAACAGAUUUUAAAACUUUAAAAACAUGAAAAUUCACUGAAACCAGACUCAAAAUCACUAAAUGCCACAAAUUUGCUCAAAUCAAUUAUCAGAAGCACCAAAAAGCCUGCAGAAAUACAUAAAUCAGAAAAAACAUUGACCAUAGAAAUAAGAAAUUCUAGCAGCCCCCCCACCCCCCCACACACACACACUCUAAGUUUUCGUCCCUGUCCACACCUGGACGUGGCUUUCAGCAUAUUCCUGAAAAUGGUGCACCAGGCUUUGACCCCCAGAGUUUACCUUAUAAGGCAACAAUUCCAACGAUAACACGUGCUCCAUACCUUUAAAAAUGACAGACCUAACACUCGUUGAAGGAAUCCACAUCAUAUUUCAUGCCAAAGUUGUAAAAUAAGGCCAGGGAAGUGAUGGAGUCAGAUAUUGAAAACAAAAUGUUUCAACAUCCCAUAAUACCCCAAGAGAAUGUGCUGUGGCUGACUCAGCUAGUUAGAUGACAAAUCUGAGCACAAUAUCGGCAAAAGUUAUCACGGUGUUUGUGUUUGCUAGGGUCGCGAAGCUUGGGCGGCCAUCUUGGAUGAGGUCAACUUUUGUUAAAGAGCAAGUCACCCUCAGAUCAACUUUUUUUGCUCUUAAACUAUAUGAAUGAGUGUCUAAUCAGGCUGUAGUUUAUAGUUUUGCACUUUAGUGCAUCUUAGUUAGAAUUUAAAUAUUCUGCCUAAAACUGUCAGUGUUGUGCCGUCGUCAGGUAAAAACUCUACACUGCAUUUAAUUUAAAUCUGCCAUCGCUAUUGGCUAAGAGGUACACUAUGACGUUAGAGGGUACAUUAUGAUGUCACAACGUUGUGAGCCUGUGUGUGUGUUUGUUAGCGGCUCCGCCCUCUCGGUCUGCUAGGCAACAGCAUUUGUUGCAUUUUUCAAACAGGAAGUGGGAGUGAAGUAAUACUCUGGUAGGGGGUGACUUGCUCUUUAAGUUCAAACCUUAAAAUUAAAAGCCUUUUUUUAAUCGAUGGGGAGAGACUGAGGCCCUGUCCACACGUAGCCGGGGAUCUGCCAAAACGUAGAUAUUUUUCUACGUUUUGGCCUGUCAUCCACACGAAAACGGAGUUUUUUCACACAAAAACGGAUCUUUUUAAAAACUCCGGCCAAAGUGAAGAUCUGCGUUUUCUCCGUUUUGGGUGUCUGCGUGUGGACGGACAAAACCGGAGUUUUAAGGUCCGCAACGUCACUUUCCGCGACAAAAAAUGCUGACAUCACGUGUGCGACCUGUGUUUACACUAGCCGACAGCAUGGAUGCCCUCAGAGCUGCGCUCGCUUUAUCAAUUGUCCAAGCACUUUUUGCUUGUUUGUUUUUGCAAGUGGAAUUACUGCUCCUUGCGGAAGACCACAGACGAAGGACGAGGUUAAGAACGGGGGAAGUACUGCCGCCUACAGGUCUGGCAUGUCCUUAACAACGUAUUUAUCCGGGUACGUGUGGACAGAGGUUUCUUUUAAAACGGGGUGGUGUGGAUGCAAGUUUUUGGAGGGGCGGAUAUUCGCUUUUUAAAAAACCCGGCUACGUGUGGACUAGGCCUGAAUUGUUGUCGUGACGAUCAGGGUGAAUCCUUUUUGAUAUCGGGGUUCGUAAAAGGAUCGGACAAAUGCCUUAGUCUACAACCUUGUUUCUUUGCUUUGAUUUGACGCCCAUUUUCUGGGUGGGAUUGGGAGAAUGAAUGAAGAGAAGCCAUAAACCGUUUCCGUCUGUAGAGGAUAAGAGCUGGGAUGCCAGAGGCAGCCUCCUAAUCUGCCUUGUCUGCUGGUGGUGGCUACAGUGUAGCUCAUCAUCACCCGUGAGUGAACGGGUGGACGACUGAGUGUUGUGAAGCGCCUUGGGGGGUUGUAGAACCCUAAGAAGGCGCUAUACAAAUGCAGACCAUUUACAAUAACCAGAUGUAUACUUUAUAUGUGCGUUGUCUAAAGUAAUUUUUCUCACACCUAAUCAUCCCAGCUAGCCAGUUUAAGCCAGUUAUUAUAAUCCAGCUGAUCCGGUCUGCAGCAGGUGAACUGGUCACAGGGUCAUGCUUUCACAUGUUUAGCCUAAGUGACGAAAAUCCUGUAUUUGAUGGAGUUCUAUAAUCCCCCAAGGCGCUGUACAACACACCUGAAGUAAUACAGUCACAUAGAUGCAAGCAAACAACAAUUAAACACAUGAAUAAAGGGAAUUAGACUUGUUUACUGAGGAAAGUACACGCUAGCAAAUGACGGCCGUUUGCCUGUUGUGUGAUAGAAUAUUUAUUUUCUUUAAAGAAAACUGCUCUUAUAAUUAUUUUUCUUCUCUUAUUUACACGGUGCAAUAUGCACAUCUUCCACUAGGGGCAGUAGACAUGUAAAGGGCAUGGCAGGUUUCUGAUGAAGGCACUAAUGCUGAUGCUCCACCUGAACACUUUGUCUUUCUAUCGCGUCUAGAAACAUUUCAAAUGUGAAAAAAAUAACGUGUCCAUCCAUUUCUGUAAAUGUUUGGUUCCAGGAAUUGUGCACCUCAAACUGUUACAAAAAUUCCCCUUUUGUGAUGUCACAAACAUGAAAUGUAAAACAGAACCACCUCUCACCUGCAAGAGAGAGCUGCUGCCCCGAGCCCCUCCCCAAAACUCCUCAGCUAAUGGCAGCCUGAGCGGGGACGGGUUGGGGUGGCCAGCUCCAGAUAGCUUUCCUUAAAGUGACAGAGCCCUGAAACAGCUCAUUCUGGAAGGUACUGAAACUAUCGAGAAGAACGCAGCCAAGGUCGUUUGAUGCGAGGGGGUUUUAGGGUAAAGGACUUCACAAACAUGUUUGGUAUCGACCAUAAAACUAAUAUUAUGUAAGAAAACAGGUCACAAUAUAUCUUUAAUUUAAAAAGAAAAAUACAGAGUAGCUUAUUGGACAGUUUGUGUGAAAGUCAUGGUCAGUUUAAUGCAGAUUUUCAGGCUUUCAGUCUGAUAAACACCCGAUGCUUUCACAUUUAUAACAGAAACACCAUUUACAUAAUUAGUGUCAAUGCAUUUCAGACACACUACAGCAAUAAUUACCUUUGUUUGGAAGUCUAGUUUGUCGAUUUUGAUCAGAAUGUUAAUGUUGGUCUCACUGUCGUGCAUUUUUACACUCAAACAGGCCCUAAACGUGUAUUUCUGUUGUUGGUGGCAGAAUGAUGAGUCACAUUUGUCACCGUGAACAUUUUCAAAGAACACACCGAACUUUAUAAUGAAAUCCGUUAUUUUACACUGGAAAUGAAAUCAGUUGUUUACGUAUUGAGUGGCGAUUUAUUUAUUUUAAUGAUCUGAGGAUGACUCCUGGAGGGUUCAUAACCAGGUUCAAUCAUGUGUGUCAUAAUUUAAUGCUGCUUUUACCCUCCCUGGGUAGCACCGAGGUCUAGUUCUUCAUCAAACUGACAUCUUUAAUAUAUUUGAACAUGAUGUGAAAUAACCAUUUGCAAUAGCAGUGUACAGUAAAGGAAAUAAGACUAUAUCUCCCACCACAUACAGAAGGAAGCGCAUCUCUAUUAAAACAGCAUGGAGGAAUUCA